CGGAACCACUUCCGCCGAGCAAUGCGCGGCCGAUCCCUGUGAGUGCAGGCCCGGGUGGGAGCGGUCGAUCUGUGCGCCAAGCGGGGACGGGGUUCCCUGGGCCAUGGUGUGUACGGCAGCCCGGGGCCUGAGCACGGCCACUCACUGAGCUCGGCUUUGGCGCCGCCGCAGGCAGAAAGCAUCAUGAAGAAGCAGUUUAAUCGGAUGCGGCAGCUGGCCAACCAGACCGUGGGCAGAGCUGAGAAGACAGAGGUACUUAGCGAUGACCUGCUGCAGGGUCCUGCGAUCCGAGAUGGUGCAAUUUCUGAACCAGGCAGUGGUGCAGCUGCUCAGGAUGCUCUCAAUACAACCCCUGUAGAAUGUGAUGAGGAUGGGAGAUGGAAUUUCCUCAGUCUUCGCAGAAAGUAGAGAUGCUGCUGGGCUUUCUUUGCUAUGGAGCUGGUGUUGAGGGACCAGAUUGAGAAGCGCAUGGAUACCAUCAGGAUUAUUUCCCAUAAUAUUCAUAAAAGACUGUCUGCAUGUUUGCAAGUUCAGCUGGGCACGGAUGUGGACAAACGAUGUAAAAAGUUGCCACUGAUGGCGCUCUCUCAAAGCAUGCAAGAAGGACUCUCCAGCUUGGGGGAUGACUCGCUAAUUACGAAAUUGCUGGAAACAUGCAGCGAAGCAGAGAAUAAACUGGCACAUGAACUUGCCUCCUAUGAGUCACAAAUUGAGAAAGAUAUCCUUGAUCCUUUCAGUAACCUCUCAGAGGCGGAGAUUCCCAACAUUCAAAAGCAGAGGAAACAGUUGGCUAAACUAGUACUAGACUGGGACUCUGCAAAAAUGCGGUAUAAUCAAGCACAAAAGACUGCUUUUUCGGGAGCUAAUUUCCAGGCAGUAGCAGCAAAGGUUGAUUCCCUCCGGGAAGAAAUGGAUGAAGCUGGAAAUAAAGUGGAAUUGUGCAAGGAUCAACUUGCCGCUGAUAUGUACAACUUUAUUUCUAAAGAAGGUGAUUAUGCAAGGUAUUUGGUAACGUUAUUAGAAGCACAAGCAGAUUACCAUAGAAAAUCACUAGCAGUCUUGGAGAGAGUCCUUCCUACGAUCCAGAUCCAGCAAGAUACGUGGACUGAGAAGCCGGCAUUUGGAACUGCUCUGGAAGAACACCUCAAGCGUAGUGGUCGUGAGAUAGCGCUCCCGAUUGAGGCUUGUGUAAUGAUGCUGCUAGAAACUGGUAUGAAAGAGGAGGGCCUUUUCCGGAUUGCUGCUGGAGCAUCCAAGCUGAAAAAGCUAAAAGCUGCAUUGGAUUGCUCCACUUCCCAACUUGAGGAAUUCUAUUCUGACCCACAUGCUGUUGCAGGUGCCUUAAAGUCAUAUCUGAGAGAACUUCCAGAGCCUUUAAUGACAUUCCAGCUUUAUGAUGAGUGGGUUCAGGCUGCAAGUGUGCCAGAACCAGACAAGAAAUUGCAAGCCCUCUGGUUGACCUGCAGCAAGAUGCCAAAGUCCCACAGUUCCAACUUCAGGUAUCUUAUAAAAUUCCUCUCGAAACUUGCACAAUAUAGUGAAAUGAACAAAAUGACUCCCAGCAACAUUGCGAUUGUGCUGGGACCUAACCUACUAUGGGCUAAGAACGAAGGGAUGCUUGCAGACCUAGCUGCUGCAACUUCAGUCCACAUGGUUACGAUCAUUGAGCCAAUUAUCCAGCAUGCUGACUGGUUCUUCCCAGAUGAUUUGGACUUCAAUGUAUCAGGCAUGUUUACACCAAUGACUCCUUACAAUCACCUUAAUAAUGUGCCUGUGUUUGUUAGUGACUGUGAUAGUUCCACACUGGAGAGAAAAAGACCUGUCAGUGUGACAGCUGUUGAAGAUGUAUCGAAAAGAGACAGCUUUGGUGUAAAGAUUAUUGAGAGUCAAUUGAAUCCUCGCAGAUCUGGCACUCUGACUAGGAAGCACACGUCCCCAACUGUACAGCCACCUCCCCCUCCCAUUGAGGCUCUACCUGUAAGUGAGCAGCAGCAGUCAGGUGUGGGCCUUGGCCCUGACCCUUGUCCAGCUACUGUGUUGCCUCUUGCUGCUAGGGUGACAGAGCCUCACUUCCAGGAAACUGAUGAAAACAGUCUUUCAAAGUCCAAAGACCCUGCUGCCACUUUGCCACUUUCAAGAAAUGGUGGUGGCGGAGCCAGUGUUGUACAGAGUCCAUCGCAACCAUCUGGCACAGGACUCAGUCAGCUCACUGCUGUGCCAGGGCCGGUUACAACUGGCCCCAGCCCGCAUAUAACCAGAAGAGCAACAAAAAAGCCUGCUCCUGCUCCUCCAAAGCCUUUGAAUCCACCUCCUGGACAGUCUGUGGAUCAUGGAGCAAGCACACCGAUUAACCAAGCAACAACACAUUCAUCAAAACAGCCUAGCCAAGUUGCCGGUACAUCUCCAGGUCAAUCUGGAAACCAGAGUUUUGGGCAAUCCCAUGGCCAGUCUUCUCAACUCACAAUGCAGUCUCGUAAACAUUCUAGUAAUCAAAUGGUUAUUCAGGCUCCAAAUCACCCCCCUCCUCAGCCUCCAGUGCAGCCUAUCAAUCCUUAUCCUUGUAAGGCUUCUCCUGAGCAAGCAGCAGAUCAGCCCUCCAGUACUCCCCCAGACACACCAACUCCCCCGAGCACACCUCCAUUAGGGACACAUGGUGCAGGCUUACAGCUAACUCAGCAUUUUACACAUGCCCAGAGCUUCCCAGCAAACCAGGACCUGCAGUCCCAAACUUCUCUGACACAGUUUGCCACUUUACCGAGGGCACGGCCAGUACCAAAACCAAGAAAUCGUCCCAGUGUUCCACCACCACCACAGCCACCAGUGACAACUGGAGCAACAAGUUCUUCCACUCCUACAGAGCCGGCAUUUUCUAACAGUGCUACAGCUUCCAAAAUAGUCACUGAUUCUGACUCAACUGUGAAAGAUCAGGACUGGAAGCACUCUAAACCAUCUGUGGAGUCAACAUCUGUGUCAGGAAGCAUGGAAAUGAAAAAGUGUGAACAGCAGGACAUUGAUAAUGACUCAGAGAGCACUGCUUUGUGAAAGGUUGCUGCACAGCACCAUUUACACCAAUAAACUAUAUUCUUCAAGGCUUGAUUCUGCUGCUGUCCUACGUUGCUGCACCUCCAAAAUGCAAAGUUAACUCGGUUAUUUUCAAUUAGAUAUACUCUUGUUGUAUGGAAUCAUAUUCGAAGGGCUCAUCAAUACCACUACUAUGGUUCCUAUAUUGCUGCAAUAGUUUGGUAUUCAGGAGACAUUCUGACAGACAUCCUCUCCUUGUGGGAAACCGAGGUUGCAUGAUAAGCAAUGGCCCUGCAGGAAUUUGACUGGAUUAGUAGCCACUCAUAGGUUGCAGUCCUAUUAACAGUGCCUUGUGCAAUUUUCUUCAAGGUUCUUGAUGGAAAUUUGUUGUGGUCUUAUUUUUUUAAUUGUACUUAAAACAGUGUCCAGAUUUUGUACAAGAUUAUUACAUGAGAUUGGUACUGUGCUGUGAUUUAGUCUGCUCAAUCUGUACAUUUGUAUUUAUCCUCAGUGCGAAUUGUUGGUAAGAUUAAUGCUUAAACCAGCUAUACCAGGUUGGUGCUUUUUUUUCCCUACUGUUUAACAGAAGUGCACUUCCUGCCGUAAGUCUUGUUUUGCAUACAAGGCAAUUUUAUAACUGAUUAAAAAUGAACAAAUAAUUAAGCUUAAGAUUGUUUUCAGCAGUGUGAACAUUUGUUUUGAAUUAUAAACAUAAAUGCAGUCUGGAAAAUCCAUGCAAGUUGCAUUCAUGUAUUAAAAAAUAUAAAAUCAACAGCUAA